AAUAGGAAUGCUUCCUCAAGGCGCGCGCAAGUUGAAUCCGGAAGUGGGCAGUUUGUUUUCGUGUUGAUGUCAUGAAAGCGAAAUAAAGGCAGAGAAUCAAACUCUUCCAAGUUAUUUGUAGAUCAAGGAGCUUUAUAGAGAUAAAAAAUGUCUGCUGCUGCAGAGUCGACGCAUUUAUCGUCUCUGGGGAAGGGUGACAGCUUACAUCAACAGGUUCUUGCCUCCUUCCCUCUUUGCGACAUCACAGAAGACGAUCUGACCCAGAACCCUCAGCUCUGUAAACUCCUGGCUACCCUGUCCCAGCAUGUGGACCGAACUGGACUCACUGCCCCACUGAAAACAGAGCUGGAUAAGGCUGAGCAGAAGCUGCAAAACCAGAGGCGUCAUUGGCUUCGCUCUGAGAGUCUGAACAAAGGGCUGCAGGAGAUGAUCCAGGAUCACUGUAUCAGAAAGCACCAUGCCACCAUCCCUCCUGACCAGAACAUGUUCUAUGAGACAAUGGAGAAGUGUCUGCUGGUGUCUCAGUGUAUCAGACAGCUGGAUCCCAGCAGUACCACCCACCAGGAUCAGCCCUCAAUUCUGGGUCUGAGCACCCAACAGGUGAUGGAGCUCAUGCCACUAGAGAAGAAUGUACACAGGAUGAAACAGGGUCUCCCAGUGGAGCUGGAGAAACAUCUGAAGAAGAAGUGUUUGAGUCUACUCUCUUACUACCAGCCUGAAUGGGAGAAUGAGAGUGAAGGUCUGAAGACCAUUAAACUAUCACAUCUGUCGGCUCAGAUGGACAAAGAGAAGAAAAGAGCUCAGAGUGUGAAGGAAACCUGCCGGGAAAGCACCGUUCUUCUGCAGAGACAGACUCAACUCUACCUCUCUGAGCUGAUUAAGUGUAUCCAGCUGCUCCAGUCUCUCAUAUUGGACCACAGGCUGAGGAUCCAGACCGAUCUGGACAGGAAGAAGUUAGACUACUUUGAGGGGAAAUUUGAACUAGUCUUACAGAAAAUCAAGACUGAGAUGGUGGAGAUUCAGCUCGACACGUACACGGUAGACUCAUUAUCAGCUCAUAGAAAAAUAAGGGAGAAGCUGGGCUCUGAGCUGAAGGCCUGCCAGGUGGAGAAGCAGUCUGUGGAGGUGAAACUGGCCUCCUUUAAGAUCCUGGGCAAAGAGUUUGAGGCUCUGGCUGAGGAGUACAGCAGACUGUGGCAGGAGAUAGAAAUGAAAACCUGGGCUCUGAAGGAGUUCACUCAGUACAGUAACAAGUAAGGGUCACAUGCUGGGUUAUCAACCGGCCGUCCACGUUUUCAGCAUGUGAUUGUUCAUGCCGACUCAAUGACUUACAGGCUCUUGGACGCUUGGUUCAGAGGCUGUGUUAGACUCAGAAACAAUCAGAGCACCCAGAUUAAAAUGUUUAAUAAACUUUAAAUACAGUUCCAUUAAAACUGCCUGGUUUCAUCAAA